AUGCUCGUGCGACACCUCAGCAACCGGUUCAAGGACUUGGACUCCCUGGUGGGAGUGAGGCUCUUCAUGCCAGACGAGUGGGAGGAUGGGAGAGCGGAGCGCCACAGGCAGUGUCUCGGGUGGCUCGGGUCACUCGUGACGCUGUUCAGGGCAGAGGACAUGGACUACAUCAUUCCAGGUCAAGUUGUUGCAUACAUUCGUGCUGUCCAUGAGAUCUGGUGCAGCUACAAGAAGCGCCGCCCAUUUGGCAGUGUGGCGGCACCUCCAGCAAGAGAGGGGGAGGGCAGUGGGGGCAGGGGAAAGGAGGCAGUUGAGGAGGAGUUGGAAGCUUGGCGGGCUAAGGGAAGUGAUGCUGAUGAUGACAACAAUAACAAGCAUGCCUCAUCUGACGAUGAUUAG